AUGGGUGCAGGCGACUUGAACGUAAAGAAGUCAUGGCACCCGCGACUUCAAAAGAACCAGGAGAAGGUAUGGAUGCAAGAGCAGGAGGCGGAGGCAGAGCGUAAAAAGCUCGAGGAGCUUCGCAAAGAACGCGAGCAAGAACGCCAAAUGCAGGAGCUGCAGCGUAUCCACGAGGCAGCCGGUGGAAAGCGUCGCCCAGAGCGCGUUGAAUGGAUGUAUGCUACGCCUGCCUCUAGUAGUGGGCCCUCGGAGGCGGAACUGGAGGAUUAUCUGCUGGGCAAAAAGCGGGUGGACAAGCUGCUCCAGGGCAACGAAGCUCAACAACUCACGCGGGAUGCCGUGCCGAUGGCCCAAGAGGACCCAGAUGAAUCCAGAGCAUCCCGUGAUAUGGCCUUGAAAAUUCGUGAAGACCCCUUAUUUGCUAUCAAGAAGCAAGAACAGGCGAUGAGGGAGAUGCUCAUGAAAGAUCCCACGCGAUUGAGGCAGAUGCGGGCGCGGUUGGGGCUAUCUACACCGCGAGAUGGACGUACAUCCUCGCAUAGUACACCAUCAAGGAGCCGAGACUCGCGGGACAGGAUGGGAGUGCGUGAUACCUAUGAUGGCGGUCGACGAGACCGCCACCGACACUCCGACCGCGGAGCUCGACACCGAGAUUAUGACCGACGAGAAUACCACCGCCACCGUGACUAUGACCGACAAGAAUACCAUCGCCACCGCGACUAUGACCGCAGAGAUCGUGACACUGAUCGCAAAAGUCGCAGAGAUGAGGAGCACCGUUCCUACCAUCGCGAACACUCGGAGGAUGAUCGCCGGCGAUCUCGCAUCCGACGAGACGAUGAGAAGGAUCGCGAACACUCUCAUCGUUCUUCUCGCCGCCCAUCCAAGUCGCCUGAGCGGCGAAGGAUGACCGAGGCUGAGCGCGAGGCCAAGCUAGCCGAAAUGAGGCAGAAUGCCCAACAAAUGACUCGAGAGCGCAAUGCCAUGUUAGACCAGGUGCAGGCGCAAGAGAAGAAGACUCUCGAACAAGAAGAAACAGAGCGUAACAAGGCUCGUGACAGUAAACAGUGGCAACAAAACGGUGCGCCUGGGCGAGCAGCAUUUUUACUGGACCAGCAGCGCGACUUGUGGGGCAAGCAAAGUGGUGGUAUGGAUCUUCAUGAGCGUUUGCGUCGCAGCCAGCAUGCAUUGGAGGCGAUUCCCCAUGACACGAUGGGCUGA